AUGCGCCCAAACGAUUCUUUUAUCAAGCCAAAGCUGCCAAAGGCACUGCUGGACCAAAUUGGUGGUGAUACUAGUAACAACAAAAAGAACGCCCCGACACGGAAAGAGCGUCGCAAGAACGAGAGAAACCAGAAAAAACAGAGCCACCAGCAAUCAAGGUCGCGCCCACCGCCGCAACGACCUCAGCCCCAGAGACGUCCCCAACCUCAGCCGCAAAGAGAUGAGUUUGACGAGAGCGAUGACGAGCCCACACCACCACCUGCCCCGAAGCCAAAAUCGAAACCGGCAAAAGAGGACAAGCCAAAGUCCAUCCUGAAGACGACCAAAAAGCAAGACCCUCCGAAAUCAAAGACCCAAGAAGAUUCACCGCCACCUCCGGCACACGUCUCGAGAGCCGUCAAGGACAGGCUGGCUCAAGAUGACGCCGAAAUUGCCGCCUUGGAGAAGAAAUUGGGAAUCAAGUCGACAAAGAGAUCAAAGGCUUUUGCGGACGACGGACUCGAUGAUUUGCUCGAAGGUCUGGACGACGAAGAAGAUGACGGUCCUAAGAGAAAGCGCUCGGAUGACGAUGAUUGGUUGCGACAGAAGAGGAGGAAGGUCAGCCAGGCAGCUGCUGUCGAGGAGGAGCCUUCGGAUGAUGACGAGGAAGAUAUGAGUGGUGAUGAAGACGAGAUUGAUGGUCUCGACGACAUCAUGGACGGUCUCGGCGAGAGUGACGAAGAUGGCCAUCUCGACGGUCUGGAAGAUGAAGACGACAUGGAUGGAGAUGAGGAUGAACUGGACGAAGACGACGACAACGACAUGGACGACGAAAAGUUCGGAGACUUUGAUGAGGAUGACGAGGAAAGCGAAGAGGAAGCACCCGCACCAAGAGUGCGCGAGAACCCCUACGUUGCUCCUGUACCCGCUGGUGCUGCCCCAGUCCAGAAGUACGUUCCACCUUCGUUGCGAGGCGCACCCUCCUCAGACACCGAAGCUCUAGCACGCCUUCGUCGCCAAAUUCAGGGUCAGCUCAACCGUCUUUCAGAAGCGAACCUUCUGUCUAUCCUACAAACCAUCGAAGAGAUCUAUCAGAACAACCCUCGCCAAUAUGUCACUACAACGCUUAUUGACCUUCUGCUUGGACUCAUUUGCGACCGCACUACUCUACAGGACACCUUCCUCAUCCUCCAUGCAGGUUUCAUGGCCGCUCUGUACAAGGUUAUCGGAACAGAUUUUGGUGCUCAAGUCAUCGAGCGCAUCGUCAACGACUUUGACAGACACUACACCGGAGGCACCACAGCAGGCAAGGAAACCUCAAACUUAAUGUCUCUGGUUUCCGAACUCUACAAUUUCCAACUUGUCGGCUGCAAUCUUGUAUUCGACUACAUUCGUUUGUUCCUCAAAGAGCUCAACGAGCAGAACACAGAACUCUUGUUGAAGAUUAUCCGCAAUUCUGGACCUCAGCUUCGCGCCGAUGACCCCUCGGCACUCAAGGACAUUGUCAUCCUGGUGCAGAAGGAAGUCACCCGCAUCGGAGAAGCGAACUUGUCGGUGAGAACAAAGUUCAUGAUCGAGACCAUCAACAACCUCAAGAACAAUCGCGUCAAGACUGGUGCUGUGGCUUCCGCCAUCGUGUCGGAACACACAACAAGAAUGAGAAAGACUUUGGGUUCUCUCAACAACAGAUCAUCUCUCAAGGCAAGCGAGCCUCUUCGCAUCGGCUUGGCAGAUAUUCGUGACACAGAAAAGAAGGGCAAGUGGUGGCUUGUUGGCGCAAGUUGGCUUGACCCAGGAAAGCAGUCCAAGGAUGAGAACGUCUCGGAUGAGCCCAUCGUCAAAGCCUCCAAGAACGACUCAACUACAGUAUCGGCAGACGACGGCAGUGUUGAUCUAAUCCAACUAGCACGUCAACAAGGCAUGAACACCGACAUCCGUCGUGCCAUAUUCGUUACCAUCAUGUCAGCUUCAGACUACCAAGAUGCACACCUGCGCCUCCUCAAGCUUGGCUUCAAGAAGGCUCAGGAGCUCGAAAUCCCUCGUGUGCUGGUUCACUGCGCGGGUGCUGAAGCAACUUACAACCCAUACUACACGCUCAUAGCCAAAAAGCUGUGUGGUGAGAAGCGCAUGCUCAAAGCCUUCCAAUUCGGUCUCUGGGAUAUCUUCAAGCGCAUGGGUGAGAAAGCCAUGACAGCCGAUGAUGAAGACGAUGCCUUUGACGACGACGAAGACGAAAACAUGAGUACCCGCAAGAUCGUCAACCUCGCCCGCUUCUACGCAGACCUCAUGACCGAAGGCGGCUUCCCCAUCACAGCACUAAAGACACUCAACUUUGCUUACCUGCAGCCCAAAACCAAUACCUUUACCGAGGUCUUGUUGACCAGAAUCUUGAUCAAGAUGAUGAAGAACUCUAAGGGUAGCAAGUGGGAGCUUAGUGUCAACGAGGUUUUUUCCAAGGCUCAAGAUGUACCGGAUAUGGUGCAAGGGUUGCGCUACUUUAUCGAGAAGGUGGUUAGGAAAGCCGAGAUUGCCAAUGGCAAGAAGGAGCGCAAGGCAGUCAAGGAUGGAUGUGCGGCUGCCAUCGAAGCGCUAACGACACAUGUUGCGCGCGAUGAUGGUAGCGAGGACAUGCUGAGCGAUUCUGACUAA